AUGCUUACGAUAUCGGUGAAAAGCCAGCACCCACGUAUACAUAACACCGAUUCAAGUACUCCAGAAAGCUCCUCCUUAUCCUCCUCGAACCCGCCCGUCGCACAAGCCAUUAAACAAUCUCAAAGCUCUUCUAUCCCUAACACCAUGCUCGUCGUUACUGCCCCAACAACCCCUUCCCCUCCUAUAAUUCACAGCAACCCGAAUUCUACGAAUAAACGCCCGAAACUAUCACUUCAGACGUCAUGUCUCCCCGUUUCGUUUGGGAACUCAACAACAGGUCUAUCGCUUAACCGCUCCGCCGGUUGCUCACCUUCACCCACUGUCAGAAACACCUUUAAAAACGCUUUCGAUGCCUAUCAGCGCACAUCCUCUCCGGCGUCCAGGACUAGAAAUGAUGCCCCGAUGAGAGAUUAUAAUGCAUCGAAACUGGACUGUGCGCCCAUGAGCCAAAGUCGCCAUAGUUACGAUGGGCUCCCGUACCAGGUUCCACUAGGCAUUCGGGGUAUAUUACGAAAUUCUCCUAUUCCUGUAUGCUCACUCAGACGCGCUUCCCUAUCGGCUUCCGCGUCGAACGGCCCCGGGAAUGGACGCAGGAUUCUAUUUCCCGCGAAGAAACGAGUAGCUUAUCGGUUCCCGAUCGACGAAGAGAUUAAAACAGUACGAUUUACUGAUAGACAUUCCGAUCUCACCUCGGAUUCAUCGGCAACGCCUUCAUCUUCCUCAGAGGGUGAGUCAGGUUCGGAUAUCUCUGAUUCGUCAAGUGCUUCAGACGAAGAGCCUAUUUUUUGUAAGGAAACAGAAACCCCGGGGAAACGAAAGAAGCAUAGCCGGUACACACGUCAAGUUCGCGCUGCAGGACUUCGUGACAUUGCGCCUCGCCCGAAUGAAGAACCAAUCACGCCGCAGACACCGAUUGCCCGUCGCAGUAAACGUCAACGGCAAUGGCGAUGGACUCUAGGUCCGAUUAAAGAUGGUCACGUGCAGAUGACGUGCCAUGGGAGCGGGAUUGAUGCGGCACCAGAACCGAUAGAGCCUCGAUUGCUGCAGGAGGAGGGGAGGCCAACACCUGCCACCCUCCUCAGCUCUACGCACCCUUCAAUUCCACUGAAGCUCGACGUGAACCCUGUUCUCUAG